AUGCAGCCCCCAACCUCCACCUCCGUCGGCCCAGAUCCUUCACAACCAUCGACCUUGAACCCUAAGCCUACUUUUGCAUCAGUACCAGCCCGAGAUCAGCCGCUAGGUUUCGCCAUUGAUGAUCUCCCUCUGCCUUCGCUGAACGACGGGAUGGUUACAGUUCAGAUUUCUGAGAACUCCUUCCUCCGAGGUCUUGACAAAUGCAAAACCAUCCUAGUUGGUAAACUCUUGUCUCCCCCAAAUGGUAUAAUGCCAAGAGCCCAUGAACUUGCACAGCGUUUGAAGCUUUUCUGGAAUAGUGUUUCAAACUGGUCUGUUGCUCCAAUGGGUAAGGGGUUCUUCAUGUUACAAUUUCAGUCUAUUGAUGACAUGCAACGAAUCUGUUCACUGGGCUCCAUCAGCCUCAACCCGGGCAUCAUGAGGCUGAUCAAAUGGACUCCAGACUUCUCCCCUUCAUCGUAUAAGAACACAUUUGUGCAGAUUUGGGUGCGGUUUUGGGACCUAGGUUUUGCUUAUUGGGAUCAACAAACUCUGUUUGAGAUUGCUAGAGGAAUUGGCACCCCAAUUAAGCUUGACCCGAGAACAGCCAAUAGGUCAAUUGGACUUUAUGCAAGGGUUCUUGUUGAUGUGGAUCUCUCAAUGCCACUACGUGAUAAAAUCAAAGUAGCCCGAGCUCAGGGACUUUCAACUGUGGCCAGUGUUGAGUAUGAGUCUGCCCGUUCUGUGUGA